AUCUGGUCAUGUGACCGGCAGCAGGAGCAGGUGGUGCCUGGUCACAUGAUGUUGUUAGCCGAGGCUGAGGAGCAGCAGCAUCUGAGCUGAAUCACAGCAUACGUCUCUCCCUACAUUGAAGGCACCUGCAGCUGACAGGCCAACCACCAUCAGACAGGAUGUCGUACGGGUCCAUUGACGGAGGCGCUUUUGGCAGUCGCAACCCAUUUGGAGGUCCUACGAGGCAGGGCUACCAGCCAGUAGCCACACAGGUCAGCCCUUCAGAACUGCAAGAUGUGUUCCAGGAGACCUCCUCCAAUAUCUUCCAGAUCAACGCCAACGUUGUCACACUGGAGAAGAAUCUUCAAUCACUGGGGACCUCUAGAGAUACAGAAGAGCUACGACAGAGUCUACACUCCAUGCAGCAACAAACCAACAAAGUCAUCACCAGCACAAGCCAACUCAUCAAACAGCUCUCUGAUAUAAUCAGCGGUUCUUCACGGCAAGACCGUCUGCACCUGACUCGACUAAAGACUGAACUCUCAGAGUCUGUGCAGCGCUACGGGGAUCUGCAGAAGAAAAUUGCAGAGCGUUCAAGGGCCCUGCUGCCUCCGGCACAGAAAGAUAAGAAGAAGAGUCCUCUGACCCCGUCCACUGAGCAGAUCGAGGAGGUUCCUCUGUUCGGAGAAGCAGUGGGAUCAGAUGGAGGGGCUCAAGCCUUCUUGUCUGAGAUCAGUGAGGAGGACGUGGAGGUGCUUCACCAAAGAGAGGAGGCCCUGCUGCAGAUCGAAAGAGACAUGCUGGACGUAAGUCAAAUCAUGAAGGAUCUGGCCUGUAUGGUCCAUGAACAAGGCGACGCAAUUGACAGCAUUGAAGAUUACAUCCAGACUGCAUCAUCCAACGUGGAAUCGGCCAAUCAGGAGCUUGCGAAGGCCAACCAAUACCAGAGGCAGCUGAGGAAGAGGAAGUGCUACCUCCUGGUGGCCGGAGCCAUCUUCCUCACCAUCCUCAUCAUCAUCAUAGCUGUUUCAGCAAGAAAAUGAGAGCGGCCACUGUGGUAGCUGCUGUCAUUACCGUGUCACCGCGAUGCCCAUGCCCAGUGUGAUUCCUGACCUGAGCAGCUGGUUUCCAGUAGUGGGCUGGGGGUACCCUGCAACUACAUCUCUCCUCCAUCAUCCCUGCCUGUUUAUGUGUGCAUCAGUGGGGGAUACAGGCCUCUCAGCAUACCAAUAUGAGAGCUGCUCUAUCAGAAUCAGUCGCAUCGACCCCAAAACACAUUUGGGAUUUUAUACACUGUUACCAAGAGAGGAUUCUGAGAAAAAGGCAGACAACAUUUUAGCAUUAGUUAUUUCAAGAGGGGGCACAACGCUUAAUAUUUUGGGGCCAUGGUAUCCUUGGCCUCCCCCUAGGACCACCUCUGGUUAAGCUUUGAUUCUGAAAUCUUUAUUUGUCCACAAAGCUUGUCAGCAGGCUCUCAUAAAGUUCAACAGAGAGUGGAUAGAUCACAGAGAUUCAUCCAUGGGCUAACUCAUUUUCAGCUAGUAGCAUCGAGGACCAGGAUGUUUAUUUUUUAUCGGAUUAGGGAAAGUGUGGACGAAAGUUGGUGAGUGUGUUUUUGUGAGUGUGAAAAUGUGCUUGAGUGUGUGUGUGUGUGUGUGUGUGUGUGUGUGUGUGGGUGUAUGUCGUGAGGAAUGAAACACAAAACACACCCCGCCUGUUGUGCUGCCUAAUGUUCAGUCCGAUACUUUUACAAUCAUCGAUGCCGUAUCAUCUGAAUUUGGCUAUAAUUUUUUAAUAUUCUGAAAAGCCAAGACUUUAUUUUUAUUUAAGAUCAGAGGACAACCCCCUGUCGUGUUACUGCCUGUCAUUUAAUAUUUCAGGGAGGCUGAUCAGAGCGAGAGGAGACAGUCUAGCUGAAGUGGACACCCUGUUUUUUUAAGCUUCAAAAAAGUAUUUAUCGUCCGAAUAUCACAAUACAAGUUUGAUUUUCUGAAAGCCAAGACUUUGUUGGUUUGGAAUCAACCAAAAAUCCAAAUUGCGAAUGUGGGACAUCCGACUGAUUUCGAUAGAGCAGAUGUCAGAGUGAGCCUCAGGUGGAGCCUCUCAUCAUCUUUUCUUGCUUUGUCAUUGAUGAUUUCUAUGAUUCAAAUCUCAUCAUCAAACUUGAAGAAAAAACUGUGAAUGUAGGGACGUGCUGGCCCAAGGUGUGUUGUUUGCUGUCCCGGAGGUCUCCUGUGGCUGGUGACUCAUGUAUACACUGAGCUUCCUCAGGGGGAGACAGCUUGAGCUUUACUCUUCACUGCUGUACAACAUGCUUUGUUUCUUUAAAUGUAUUUUUACUGAAAUGGACAUUUUUAACUUGUCAUGUUAUUUAAUCAGUAUUUUAUUGUAGCGUUUGUUGAUAUUGGUAAGUAUGGUUUGAGCAAAUACUGUAUAUCUUCCCAAAUAAAAGUCUUAAGUUCAACCACCA